AUGUCUCUUUUAGGUCGCUAUGAAUCUCUGGCCAGGGCAAACAGGAACACCCUUGACAUCGCGAGCCCACCUCCCCCCCCCUCCCUACCUUCUCUUUCCUACCUAUCCGUAUGUGCAAUCUUUUACAUACAUUCCUGUCGUGUAAUCUCCCGCUGGCAUGCUGAAUGCUUGGCGCUUGAAGCUUCCUAUGUAUAA